AUGGGAAGCGGGAUCAGCGCCGAGAGCAAGGAGUCAGCCAAGAGGUCCAAGGAACUGGAGAGGAAGCUUCAGGAGGACGCCGAGCGGGACGCCAGAACCGUGAAGCUGCUCCUCCUAGGAGCAGGCGAAUCUGGAAAAAGUACUAUCGUUAAGCAAAUGAAAAUCAUCCACAAGAACGGUUACAGCGAGCAGGAGUGCUUGGAGUUCAAAGCGGUGGUCUACAGCAACACCCUGCAGUCCAUCCUCGCCAUUGUGAAGGCCAUGGCCACGCUCGGCAUCCAGUACGUGCACUCCGGAAGCCACGAUGACCAGCGGCAGCUCUGUGUGAUGGCAGAGACCCUGGAGGAUGGGGCCAUGACCCCUCAGCUGGCGCAGGUGAUCAAGCGGCUGUGGCGCGACCCCGGGAUCCAGACCUGCUUCGAGCGAGCCUCCGAGUACCAGCUCAACGACUCCGCAGCUUACUACCUUAAUGACUUAGACAGAAUAGCAGCCCCCGGGUAUGUGCCAAAUGAGCAAGAUGUUCUCCAUUCUCGGGUGAAGACCACCGGCAUCAUUGAAACUCAGUUCUCCUUCAAAGACUUGCACUUCAGAAUGUUUGAUGUGGGUGGACAGAGGUCGGAGAGGAAGAAAUGGAUUCACUGCUUCGAAGGAGUCACGUGCAUCAUAUUCUGUGCCGCGCUCAGCGCCUACGACAUGGUCCUGGUAGAAGACGAAGAAGUGAACAGGAUGCACGAGAGCCUUCACCUGUUCAACAGCAUCUGUAACCACAAGUACUUCGCUUCCACCUCCAUUGUCCUCUUUCUCAAUAAGAAAGAUCUCUUUCAAGAAAAAGUAAACAAGGUGCACCUCAGCAUCUGCUUUCCAGAAUACACAGGCCCGAAUACCUUCGAGGAUGCCAGCAACUACAUCAAGAACCAGUUCCUAGACCUGAAUCUGAAGAAGGAAGACAAGGAGAUUUAUUGCCACAUGACCUGCGCGACAGACACCCAGAACGUCAAGUUUGUGUUUGAUGCAGUGACGGAUAUCAUCAUCAAAGAGAACCUGAAAGACUGCGGGCUUUUCUAA